AUGCCUGAUCUGCACACCCUUCCUGCGGGCUCACGCCCGGAACACGCAAUCCGCAAUAACGGACCGUCACAUCUUGCCCUCGAGCGGUAUAAACUUCGGGAGCUGGCGGAGGGAUGGCCGUGCUAUCGUGAUGCAUGCGAGUGGGAGAACCUGCGCUCGAUUUUCCACCCGGAUGCCCACAUCUACACCACCUGGACAGGUCUCACACAUCACCUCCAAUUCAUCGAGGCUUCAAAGGCGGGAAUGGAUAAGGGUGUAUUCAUUAUGCAUCGCGUCCAUGGGAGCACAACAGACAUCGAUCCCAGUGGAGUGCGCGCCGUGACCAAAAUGAAAGCCACCAUCACACAGAGGUUCUCUGGCCUCCCCUGUGCCUCCGGUGGCACCUGUGAAGCUGAUGCCGAGAGCGAUUGUCGAUUCAUUUUCUUUUGGGAGAAACUGGCAGACCGCGCAUAUCCGGAAAUGGAUCAGCAAUGGCGUGCUCGGUUUGUGAGACACUGGUACGAGAAAGACAAAUUAAUCGCGGUUACUGCUGGUCGUGAUCCCGCGAUCGACUUGGAGAGAUUGCAGCAAUAUCCGCCAGGGUACCGGCAUCUGGCGUAUCUACAGGAAUCCACAAUGGGGGUCAGAGUUCUACUCGACCUCCCUGGACAUCGGCGAGAGGGAUCCAGUGUGAAUGGGCAGAAGCAUGACCUGUUGUAUGUACAAGCCCGCGACUGGGUGGAGGGGAGGGAUGUUGCCUGGUGA